UGAUUUUACAUUUAUAAAAACUACUUCACUCUGCAUUUUUUCAAUUUUUCAGACAUGUUUUUAGUUUUUUGUUCAUGGUUUCAAAAUUUCUGGAAAAUGUACAUCUCUGUUUGGGAGUUGUAAUUUUGCAACAGCUGUAGGCACACUGGUUAGGAAACACUGUUGCAAAGUUUCAGUAAAAUUGAUAGUUGACUAAUACACCUUUCCAUGUGUGGGAAUAUCCAUCUGUUACAUUUCUUUCAAAGUGUCCUUUACCCAAUCAGCAAAUGCCGGGUUUGCUUCUGUUCUAACCCUCCUACUUGUGCUCCCUGCCUAGUGUCUCUCUCCUCUGGUUAUUGCCCUCUGGCUGUCCCAGUUGACUUACAGAUGGGUUUCCCUGAAUGGAUUUUGCUUCUGUCCCUUCUUGCCCCUUGCUUCUUAGCACAGGAUGUGCCGGCUCAUCGCAGGCUUGAGUACAAGUACAGUUUCAAGGGGCCUCACAUCACCCUUCCUGAUGGAUCCAUACCUUUCUGGGAGACAUAUGGAGAUGCAAUUGCUGGUCCUGAUGAAGUUCGCCUUGUUUCAUCACUGAAAAAUCACAAGGGCUCAAUGUGGACGAAGAAUAAUUCUUCAUUUCCACACUGGGAGGUGAAGAUGUCUAUAAGGAUCUCGGGUCAUGGACAUGAAGGAGCCGAGGGACUGGCUUUUUGGUAUACCAGGGAAAAAGGAGGGCUGGGUACAGUAUACGGCUCAACAGAUCUUUGGGAUGGAUUGGCCAUCAUUUUUGACACAUUUGACCAUGAUUUUAAGGGAAAUAAUCCAGCUAUAGUCAUUGUGGGCAAUAAUGGCAAGCUUCAAUACGACCAUUUGUGGGACGGCUCGACUCAGGCACUAGGCACUUGUGUGAAAAAUUUCAGGAACACAAUCCGCCCAUUCAGGGUAAAAAUAACAUAUUACAAAAGGACUUUACGCGUCUUUGUACAGACUGGGUUUUCUCCCAGUGACAGUGCCUAUGAGCUGUGUGCUGAGGUGGCAAACAUGGUGGUCCCAUCCACUGGAUACUUUGGAGUCUCUGCAGCUACAUCAGCACUAGCAGAUGACCAUGAUGUUCUCUCUUUUAUGGCGUACAGUUUAAGCACAACUUGGGAAGAGUCUCCAGGAAGUCAGAUCCCAGAGGAGGAGAGGAAAAGGUUUGAGAAAGAAUAUGAGGAAUUUCAAAAGGAACUGGAAAAGAACAUGGAAGACUUCCAGAAGAAAAAUCCUGUACAAGAUGAGGAUCGCUUUGAAUCUGACAGUCAACGGGAACUAGAGAUGAUACUUCUUGGACAGUCUCGGUUGCUGGAGGAGGUGCGAGUACUGAAAACCAGAAUGAACAUGACUGUAGAGGAACAGAUUAGACACAGAGAUAUUUUAAGUCACUCUAAAGCCAAUGAGACCACCACUGUAAGCCUGGAGCAUGCACACAGUAGUCUUGAUACUGUCAUGAAUGGAAUGCCAGAUCUUCUGACCAUGAUAAAGGACCUCAAAAAAGAUAUUAAACAAAUGGCCAAAGACCUGUCUUCAUCGAAGCAGCAAGUCAGCACUACUAAAAGUCCAAGUGAAUUGAAGGAUAACUUCGACAAGAUAAGGAAAAGCCUACAGAGCCUUGUAAAAAGUCCAGCGAGCUCACCUACAUCGCCAUGUUCCUCAAGCAAUACUCACUCUUCCUGUUUGUCUAGUGGAGUUUUCCUUACAUUUCUCUUGCUUCAGAGUGUGUGCACAGUGGCUUUCAUGUUCUGCAGGACCAGAUGGGAAAGCUUUCAUCCCCCAAACACAUCAAUGAGACUUGGGCACCCCUGAUGUCAACAGAAGUCAAACAAAAUCAGCUCCUAAGAAAUUUUACUGAAGAAUGGAAGGCAAAGAGAGUGAGAAAAGGAGAGACAGUCCCUCCUGGAAGAAACAACCACAACCGAUGCAACCAUUGUCAAAACUUCUACAUGGGAAAAGAAUUAUAGAGCUACAAGCAGUAGAGAAAGUCCUCCUGCCAUAUUGAGGACUAGAGAUGAACGAAGUUACAGUCAUUCGAUUCAGUGACUUCUCGGCUUGGCGGUUGCGGACUUUAGCCGGCAUAAAUUAGUUCAGCUUUCAGAUGCUCCGGUGGAUACAGUCCUAGGAGAGAGUCUCCAGCCCACCGGAGCACCUGAAAGCUGAACUCAUUUAUGCAGACUAAAGUCAGCAACCGCCAAGCCGAGAAGUUCGUGACGAAUCGAAUCACUGUAACUUCGCUCAUCUCUAUUGAGGACCUUGUUGUUUCUUAGACUUUACUGCAUUCUUGAACUGGUAAAAUAUAAUGCUCUUUGAAAAGGGAACUGUACAUUGGCUAUUGCCCAGUGACUGUACAAUAAAUAUGGGUCUUCAUAUCCAUUAUACAUUUAUCCAGAAACCUUGUAUAAAACCAACAAUAUUAAAAUUGUGAAUGUUUUCUAUUCAGGGUGCUUAAUAAUAUGCUAAAUUAAUCUAUCUUUUGGGAGAAUAGAUAGCUACACAUGCUCAUUGUAGUCUCCACAAGUCUUUAUAUGUUGUUAAUGUUACAGAUUAUUUGCUGAUCUGGUCAUC